AUGACCGCUGAAUCGAUGCGCAUGCGCAUCGACACCAUCGCCGGCGGCUCGCUGGACGACACCCCGCACGAGUCCAGCCACCCUGCCACCGCCGUCGAAAACGGCGUCUUCUACUCGCUCCUGAUGCUUCAGACUCGAGGUUGGUUGUGCAACUCCUGGACGGAGCGAUUCGUCGUGCUCGCCGAUGGCCAGCUUCACCUCUACGCAUCUGCUGAUGCCGACGCGCCUCUCGUCACUCGCGCCAUCUCAGCGUGCACUGGCAUCGUGACAGAGAUAGAUGACUGCAGGACAGGCGAGUACUGCUUUUCGCUCCGCAUAGCCAUGUGCGACGGGUCGCGCGACUCGGCAGGCUACCUGCUGACUCUCUGCGCGCGAUCCUCCAAGGAGCAGCAGCUGUGGCUGCAGGCGCUCGCCAACGGCGGUGUCCGCUACGAGGAGGAGGUUCGCGCCGUGUCGCCUCGCGCCGACUCGUUGUUCGACCUCAACGCCCGCGACCUGCUCAGCACCGAGCUGGUCCCGCUCUCGAAGCACGCCGGCUGCGUCUGCCUGGUGGUCAACGUCGCCUCCAAAUGA